UGUACACCAAACUAUAGUAGUAUCAUUGUUUUUAAAUAAACAGUUAUAAAUACAUUAUUGUGUAGAAGAGACAAAUAAAUACAAAAAUAUUUGGCACUGGUUUGAUAAACCAGACAUUUAGUACCAAAGUAUUAUACUUGAUAUUAACCUGUCAAUAGGUGCCAGUGAAACCCAAACUAAACAAAAAAAACCUAAUCUGGUUGAGUGCACCUUAAUAAUUUAAGGUAGUUUAGGUUAGUAAUUUAAGGGUAUAAAAGGACUCCAGUGAACAUGAUAGAAGGUACAUCACCCAAAAUAGUUACAUCAAGGCGUCGCAUUAAAUACGUAAGGAGUAAGUGGCGCGUCCAUGAGUUUGAGAUAUGGAGCACUGAAAUGAUAUGUCGAGUGGUGACACUGCGAAUGAAGGAUUCAGUCUUGGUGUGGCUCGGAAGCAAGGAGGAGCCGGCGUUGGGGGAGCUAGCGCUCGGCGUGCCGGCACCUGGCGCGCCACGAGCGGCUCUGGCCUCGGCGCUGCUCGGCGCGGACGGCGCCCUCACCACCUCCAUGGCGCGUCGACUCGCCGCCACACUCAACCACCCUGCGUACGUCGCCUGCGGCAGUAUGUUCGAUAGGUUCACUUUGCCGCUUGUUGAACGAGCACUUAUUACAGAAAUUAAAAGUAGCCCUGAAUGUUUCUGAGACCUGACCACAGAGGACACACUGCAGCUGCGGACGGCGAGCGGCAUUAUUGAUUUGUAUGGAUGGACCUCUGAUUCAUGAAUCUUCUUCAUUAAGAAGGUGGUUUGCACAAUAUUAAAAUGUCGACGAAUAGCACCUCAGUCAUCCGUAAAGUAUUCGAAAUGGCGGAAUUAAUACUGAGAUUAAACUAUAAAAAUAGUUUUAUUUAAAACUGUAGUCUUCUGAGCACGAGCGUAAGGGGUUUUGCUGAAAAGUUGCGUGGAAGCUUUAUUUAUAUUUUUUUAUAAAUUACAUAUGUAUAUAAGAAUAAAAUAAUAAAUAAUAACUAACCGCUAGAUAUGAAAAACUAAGAAAUCAAUUUUUACUUACAGAAAAGGAACUUAAGAUCUGGUUAAAAUUAAUUUAAAAAUGGAACAUCCUGCAUUUAUCUAUUGGAAGUUGUUAGUUAGUGCCUACAUACAAUCUAGUAUUUUCUUCGACUUAAUUGUACCGCUUGACCCGUGGCCAAUAAAUGUAAUCAAUACUUAAGUAUCAACACUUUAUUUGACACAACACAUUACGAUAAUUUAGAAUGCAAGGUAGUUUAAUAACUUAAAAGUACAUAAUAUUAUUAUAUUAUCCGCAACAUGCUUUGUCAGAUUAUAUAUACAUAAGUAUUGUCUAUGAAAAAUACUGGUCAUUUGAAACUUGAUUAAUUUAUGUAUGGCUGGCAAUAAAUUGUAAAAUCAAAAUAAUGUACAAAUUCGGGUAUUUUUUUAUUGAUUAGUUUUUUGUUUUGUAUAUGUAAUGAAACCUAUUAAUGUAGUGACAUUAGUAUGUUUUUCAUCAAUAUGGACACAUUACAAAUAUAAGUAAU